UUUGCUCCCUGAGAGUUUCACUUUCAAAGCUUCAUAAUUUUCACUUCCACUACCAUAGUUUCCAACUACACAAAGCCUCCCUUAAUAAUGGACCUCCUUCAAAGCAUCCUGAAUGAUUGGGAUAGCCAUAACUUUCUGCAACACGGCUUGAAAGAUUGGGAAAGUCUUGCUCAUGAUGCAGUUGUAUUGAAGGUGACUGCCCUCAUCAUCUCAACCGUUGUCUUUGCCUACCUUUUCUAUGGCAAAAAGCACAACAAGGACAACAAAUCUGCCCCAAAAGCACCUUGGGUUUUCUGGUCAUGGGUCAUUCCAUUCCUUCCUAUGGUACAAAUGGGCAUGGAUCAUCGGAAGUAUUUCAAAGAGUGGCAGCAGAAGUAUGGUAAAGCAUAUCGCUUCCGUCUGGGACCCCAUAUGAUGCCAACAACGUGCAUCCAUGACAACUCCUUUUCUGCAAUGACUGGCCGUUAUCCUGAUAUCUAUAAAAUGUACGAUGCUGUAAAAGAUUCUGGACUCACCAUCUUUCUUCGACGUACAGACAAGAUGACAGGAAAGGCUGUGAUGGAGGAACUUGGCACGAUUCUCCACAGCAAAGUUGUCUCGCUCUGGCAAGAUCAAAAUUACUUGGAGGUAUACUGUACUCGCCUGGUGAACGAAUUCAGCCGCUUCCUUUCCAAUGAUGCCUUCUUUACAUGCUCCGACAACUGUGAAUGGAAGACUGCACAUGUGAAUGACAUGAUGCAUCGGAUGAUGUUCAUUGCUACAACUCGUGGCAUAUUGGGGAAUUAUGACCAACGUCUUGAAUCUGACGAGAUGUAUAGUAUGUGGUGGAACUUUGACAGCAUGGUACCAUUGCUUGCAAUUGCGGGACAGUUUGAAUUUCUGUUCCGGAGCACGCGUAAAGGCCAAGAUGAAUUUGCGCGCUAUCUCAGGAGUCUUCCUGUUGAGGAUCAGACUGACUUCUUCAAGGCACUUACAGCAGGCCUUCCUAUGACCACAUCAACAGACUUGCUAUUCCUUUUCAAUCAUGUGUCACAUGCAAAUACAGGCCCCGCCAUCUUUUGGAUUAUGUUUAGGCUCCUUCGUGACAAGAAAGAACGGGAGGAGGUUUUGGCAGAGCUUCAUGACAUUCUCGGGGAAGAACAAGGCUGGAGCCCAAGUUCCUCAGAUGCUCCUGAGAUCAAUUAUUCUGUGGUGAAGAAGCUCAAGCAACUGAAGUCCUACAUCAAAGAUGUGCUCCGGCUUUAUUCUGGUGCCUGGUUGCUCCGUAGAGUUAUGGAAGACCAGACUGUCACGCUUGAGAAUGGUGAACAGAUAUUUCUCCCCAAGGGGGAAAACAUUGUCUGUGUAAACCCACAUUUCGAUGAAGCCAUGUUCCCAGAACCUCAUCGUGCCAAGACUUCACGCUUUCUUCCCAAUGCUCGGAUCAAAGAUGCCCAAGGUAAAGAUGUCAAAUUGCCCACAAUGACAUUUGGUCAUGGGACACACAAAUGUCCUGGAGAGAAUGGUGCCUAUGUGGUGCUUGCGACCACUGUUGCAUUCAUGUUUUCGAGGUAUGAGCUCGAGCUGAUCAAUCCAUCCACCGAGGUCGAGCCACAACCAGACUAUACCCGUGUUGCAUUUGGUACAAUGCCGCUGGACAUGACGUUUCAUGAUCAUGAAAGCCUUCAAUUUCGCUUCCGAUCCAAAUACUGAACUCCCUGCCCAGCUCUCCAGAACACCUCGUCACCGCAGCAACCCAACGUCAUCUCAAAAAGAAAAGAUAAUCAACACAAAGCGAGCCCAAUGGGCCAAAAACUUCAGAAACAGAUGCACAGUCCAACCAGACGCGUCAACACAACUUCUCCGCAGGCACCUUUUAGUCAUAUUAGUUUAGUAAUCCUCGCGUAGCCAGCAACUAAGCCUUUUCGGAGAAAGCUAUUGUCUCGUGUUGUCGGCCGUGCUGGCCAGG